GAGAUUACUGGAUUAAAAUGUUGGGGCAGAGGCAUGUGGGAACCGACAUUCCAGUUUCACCUCCACAUCUAUCAGAUGGUUUGAUGGACGGUGAGACAACCAGAGCUGCCCUGUUGCUGUCCGGAGUCUUCCUGGCGAUGGUGGGUGUCACCUUCACGGCCAUGGGCUGGCAUCACUACCAGGCCCUCCUCGGCUUUCAGUGGACCCAACUUCUGGGCCCCAUCCUGAUCUCAGUCGGAGGGGCCUUCAUGCUGACCAGCGUGUGCAGGUUUCAUUCGGUGUCCUGCUGGCCCCGCAGGCGACAGGACAAAGAGAUAUAUGUUGUUCCUGUGCGGGAACAAAACUCAAGAGGUCGCCCGGUUGUGGUUCGUAAAAUAAAUCAGCCGGUGAUGUUACGGGGCACCGCGACAAUGCUGUGCAUCCCACCUGCUUAUGACUUUGUGACCCAGGAAGCGCGACCACAAGCCGAUCCUCGGCCCGGUAGCUCUGUGAGUGGCGGCAACGCAGACCUUCUGCCUUCUUACGAAUCUCUGUACUGCUUGGACAACGCCUGUACGCCGCACAGCGCAGAGGCAGGACACGGAAGCAGAGCACUGAAGACGGAAAAUGAAAGAGGACUCCAGGAAGGGGACGGAUCCACCUGUUCUAAACCACCUGCGUACGAAGACAUUCACCCUUCACCUCCCAAACACGAUUCGGCUUAAAUGUCAGAGCAUCCGGUGGGGCGAUGUCAAAGCUUACGCUGACGACGUUGUUCCUUUUUCUUAUAGCAGGCUAAAAAAAUAAAAUAAAAAUAAUAAUAAUAAAGAAAUCGAUUCUAUGCUGUGUAUCACAUCUUUUCAAUAAAACAUUUGUGGAGUGUCUUUCU